CGCGACACACUACCGAGUGUCGGAAAAGUGCUGUACUUGUGUUCGUCCCUUUACGGCAGGGGAGUGAAAGCCCCGCGGUUGUUGUGGUUCCGGGUGAGGCUGUGUCAGCCCGGUAUGGAGGAGCUCCUGCAGCCGGCCCCGUGUGAGAAGCGAUGAGCUCGAGUUCCGAGGAGGAGACACAGCUCAGCAAGAGGAUCCGUAUCCAGGCACCGGCGCAGGACUCAGAGGGCCCUGAGCAACACAGGGGCCCCCCGGGGAGCCGGGGCCCCAGCAGCACCACCGUGGGGAACAGAGUUUUCAAGCAGAGGACCCUCCAUUCUUGGUUGGGAAAACAAAGGAAUCGAUCGGACGAGUUUAACAGGUGUCCACUUAAACGUAAUCACAGUCGUACAGUUACCAAGAUGAGCUCGGAUGGGAAAGGCAGCAUCUGUGACCAGAGCAAAAAUCGCCAGGAGAACCUACCCCAGCAGAAGCCAGAGUGUGAAAACCAGUGUCUGACCUCUUGUCUAAGAACCCAAGAUGAAGACCUGAGCUUAAACAACAAAGAAGACCUUGAUAAUAAGGAUAAGCAUUCAGAAAACAAACUAGACACAGAAAGAAAUUUGAUGUUAGGAACAGAGUGUAUUUCCAGUAAUGUUCAAGCCAGCAACCUUUUAUCUCCCACUUCUCUAAGCCCAGAAAGGAAUAUUGUCCAUUGUGUACCAGAGAGCCCCCUUUCAGAUGUUGGCUGUGAAGAUUCUGGAGCCAGCCUUCAAGAUACAGAAACCUAUGAUUAUGAACCUGUACACACUCCUGUGGAGCGAGAAAGUGAGUCCGAAUCCUCCAUGGAAGUGGACAAGAAAAGCAACCAGGGCUCAGAAGAAGAACUGGAAGAGAUUGUUGAAAUGCCAAAGCCAGAAAGCCAAAGCUGUGUUAAUUUAGAUAAGCCCUGCUCAGUUGACUCUGAUUCCCCUUGUGAAACAGAGUUCUGGAAAAGCAUUUCAGAAGGAGGACAGGAAUGUGAAGUCUCCACCCCCUCUGUGGCAGCACGUGGCAAUGCUAAUGUCCUCUCACGUGAACCUGGAGCAAAGCAUUCUGUGAAGAAAAGACUCGGUGUUAUUGAAAGUCACUUACGUGAUGGAAAUCGCAAAGGCCAGGAGAGAAGGAAAGAUUUGCACGAAGAGCCUCAAAAUGUUUCUUCUGAACACUUAUCAUCUACCGAGACAUGGCUCGGGACUCCACUAGAGGACAUGAAGAGGAUGCCAGUAUGUGGCAUCCGGCUGCCACUUCUUAGACAUUCUAGUGGCCACACUGUAACUGUGCGGUAUGACCGAUUGCAAGAGGAUGCUGCACCCCAGCCAUAUCCACCGCGUUACAAGGGCCAGUGGGACCAUAACUUUGUUAGAAUGCCAUUUCUUAGCAGCAAAGAGUCCUACAACCCCAAGAAUGGCGAAUGGUCAUCUGGGAGUCGAUGGAGUUCGAUCGGCCGAUUACUUGGUAGCAAAUUUGAAAGCCCAAAUCAGCUAAAGGACGCAAUUCUAAAAUACAGUGAGUCAUUUACAAGGAACUCUGACUUUACUGCUUGGUUUGACUUCUGUCAGAAGUGUCUGAGUGAAGACGAAUACUCUCAACUCUUCAAAACCAUUCUUCCUAAAAUGGCUGCGUUGGCUCUUGAACUCCCAAAUAUCUGCACCCAGCCUAUUCCGUUGCUGAGGAAGGGAAUGAAUCAUUCAAUCACAAUGUCUCAGAAACAGAUCUCUUGCCUGCUGGCCAAUGCUUUCUUCUGCACAUUUGUACCACAUUCCAAGAGAACUGGUCAUUCUAGCUACCCAGAUAUCAACUUCAACAGAUUGUUCGAAGGAAAAAAUCCCAAAAAGGCUGAGAAGUUGAAAACCCUCUUCUGCUACUUUAGAAGGGUUACACAUAAAAGUCCCACUGGGCUAGUGACAUUCACAAGGCAGUGUCUUGACAGCUUUCCUCAAUGGGACAGAUCUUCUAAGAAGUUGACUAAGAUACAUGUUACUUGCAAAGGUACCAUCGAAGGAAAUGGCCACGGGAUGCUACAGGUGGACUUUGCCAACCGUUAUGUUGGAGGAGGUGUUACUGGCUCAGGUCUUGUUCAAGAAGAAAUACGCUUCAUCAUCAACCCUGAAUUGAUAAUCUCACGCCUCUUUACUGAAUCAUUGGACGCCAAUGAAUGCCUUAUUAUUACAGGCACCGAGCAAUACAGUGAGUAUAGCGGAUAUGCUGAAACCUACAAGUGGGGAGGAAGCCACGAGGAUGAGGCGCCACGAGAUGAUUGGGAAAGACGGACUACAGAAAUUGUGGCCAUUGAUGCGUUACACUUCAGGAGCCAUAUCGAACAGUUUGCCCCAGAGAAGAUAACCCGAGAGUUAAAUAAGGCCUACUGUGGAUUUUUCCGAGCAGAUAUCCCACCAGAGAAUUUAUCUGCAGUGGCUACUGGAAACUGGGGUUGUGGUGCAUUUGGAGGCGAUCCCAGAUUAAAAGCCUUAAUACAGCUCCUGGCAGCCGCUGAAGCAGGACGAGACUUGGUGUACUUCACUUUUGCAGACCAGGUGCUUAUGAGGGACAUUUACAAAAUGUAUAACUUCCUUACAACAGAAAACAAAACAGUUGGCGAUAUAUUCCAUCUACUAAUGCGUUAUUCCUCUGAAGUAUGCAAGAACUGUUCUACUCAAAAACCAGAUAUAAAACUUUACGACUUUAUAUAUAAAGCCUUAAAAGCUUAAAGCAUUUUGGGAAGAUUCUUCUACUGACAUGAAAGCAAAAGACAAUUAUAUUUGCUUCUCUCCACCGCAAAGAUCUGUUUAAAUUUUGAUGUAUAACAAUUGGGUAACUAGAAGCUGUUUAUAAGCAGUGAUUUUAGUCCCAGAAUCAAAGGUAACAUUUUAUAAUUUUUAGGACUGUUUGUAUUAUUAUUAUUAUUAUUAUUUUUUUUUUUAUUUUAUUUUUUUUUUUUAUUCUGUCCUCUUGACAAAAGUAUUUUUUCAUAUUUUUUCCUGGUUUAUUGCAGAGUUAAUAAUUAUUUUAUUAGAUUUACAGGGACAAAUCAUAUGUGCCACACCUACUUCUGUAUAUCCAUAUUGUUAUGUUUGGAGUUACUACUGUUUUAUAAAACAAAAUAUAACCAGCGGUUCAAUACUCUUGGCUGCAUUUAUUGCAGAGGAGAUGGCGGUGCUUUUCUUCUGCGAUAAAACAUCUGGCCGGAUUUGCACAUGUAUGGUGUUAAAGGAAAAUAAAAAAUGCACCAUUUAACUGUUCUGCAUCAUCAUCAUCAUAAUAAUAAUAAAAGAAACUGCUUCUGUAAUGUAUACAA